UUGCCCCAUCCACAGGAUGCCGAUCCUCAGCACGACGUCGCCGCCCAUGGUUGCGCACCUCAGCCGCGCCAUGAGCAUGCCAAGCAGUGACUUUCUGCAAUACAAGAUGAGUACAGCCAAGACCUUUCACAUCACGUCGCCUAGCAUCUCUACUGUGUGGCAUCGUGGCGCGGCGGCGCUCAUUCAAUGGGAGUGCACCUCGAACAUCUCGGAAGUGCGCCUCGUGCUUCUCCGCACCACCAACGCGAACGCGUACGCCAUUGUUGCCGACCACGUGGAGAACAAUGGCUUUUUCGUGUUUUCCCACGUCCCGACCACCCUCCCAAGCGGCGACGACUAUUUCUUGCGUAUCUUGUCGAUGGACGGCCACCAUGGCGCCGACACGAGUUGCUUCUCCAUUCGGUCCUAGUUGGAAGAACGGCUUGUACCGGUUCCCCAUAUCUUAUAAAAUAUAUUUAAACUUACCGUGUCACUGACAUCAUCCACAAGA